GUGAACGCCUCAUAGUGAGAGCGGGCGGUAGCUGCUCUGUCCCCCUCUGAGCUGCAGAGAGAGCAGUAACUACAGACAGGUACUCCAGCGUCCUGCCUCCAACACCACACAGCCAACGAGGCCUUCCCUGCUGCUGACCCUCCAUUCUAGCACCGACCCGCAGCCAUGGCGGCUGAGGCCGAGAAGGUCGAGCCUGCGGACAGCGAGCAGGACGAGGGAGAAGAUGUGUACGAGGUGGAGAGGAUUAUUGACAUGCGCGUGGAAGAGGGUGAAGUGCUCUACAGAGUGCGGUGGAAGAACUACUGCUCUGACGAUGACACUUGGGAGCCAGAGGCCCACUUGGAGGACUGCUGCGAGGUCCUCUUAACGUUUAAGAGGACCAUGGCUGAACUUAAGGCCAAGAAGGAAGCAGAAGCCAAGAAGAGCGUGAAGCUGCUGCCAACAAAGAGUGACGUGUUCGAUGCAGACUCAGAGAGCGACGGCGAAAAAGACCCCCCCAACGUGGCGCCCAUGAAGAAGAAGAAAAAGACAAAGGUCCGCGAAGAAGACGAAGAAGAAGAAGAGCCACUUCAAAAGGAGAAGAAGAAGAAGAAGAAAGAGAAACGGAAGGAGGACGUCAGGCCUCUACCAGCACCAGAGUCAGAUGAAGAAGAGAGAGCCCCAACUCCACCCUCGCCUUCCAAAGAGAAAAAGACUGAGUCAAAGAAGCGUCUGGUCGACUCUGAGGAAGAGGAAAACGAGCCUGUUCCCACAAAGAAACACAAGAAGGAGAAGGGGAAGGAUGCAGGAAAGCACAAGAAAGAAAAGGUAGAGGAGGGGAAGAAAAAGAAAGGGAAGAAGGACAGGAAGAUCGAAACCUCAGACGACGAGGCCGCUGCACCUCUGGAGGACGACCAGAGUGAAGGCCCGUCAGAGUCUCAGGUGGACAACAGUGCGCCAACAGAUGCAGCAAAAUCAGCAGAAAAGGCCCGCCUGGAGGACAAGUUCAAGCAGAAGAAGGGGAAGUGGGAGGUGAAGCUGCAGGGCAUUAAGGACCUUAUUCAUGACAAGAAGAAUAAAAAGACAGAAGCGACACUAAAAGAAAGCAGCUUACAAAAACUCAAGAGCCUCACCGCCAAAAGCAAAGACGAGGCCGCCCCACACUCGGACUCCAGCGACAGCUCCACCUUACACAAGAAAGCCAAGAGUAAAGGGCAGGAGAGCGCUCCGGUGCCACCCAAAGUCCCGUCUUCCUCCACAUCCUCAUCUUCCUCUUCAUCCUCUGUCACAGCCGCCAGCAGCACCAAGGGUAAGGAAGAAGAGGUGGCUAAAGAGGAGGUGCUGGGGCAGAAGGACGGAGCGGUCUCCACCAACCUGUUUGAGAAGUUCCUGUUAAACUGUGAAGCCAAGGACAGAGCCCCUCGCAGACCGGCAGCACAUCAGCCCACCCCAGAGAAGACCAUCGGCAAACCCACAAAGCUCAUAGGAAAGAUCGAGAAGGUUUCCAAGUCCACCAAAGAGUCCCCGGCUCAGAAACCAGAGGGGGAGAAGACUGAGAAGAGCAAGCAAUCAGAAAGCUCCAGAUCUGGCUAUGGCUUCAGCCUGGAUAGUGAUGAGAGGGAAGAGGAAUCCGCAGCAAAGUCCAAACCAGGAGAGGAACAACGGGAGAAGAAAGAGAAGACAGAGGAGGGACAGCGGCCCAGCUGGGAGAGGAGAACAUCAGCGGACGACAGGCGGAAGAAGAGAGAGGACAGCGAGCCCAGACUCUUCAUGGCAUGUGAUGACAAUCAGGACAUCCCAGACCCAGCAGAGGGCGCUGACAGAUCUGACAAGGGCCACGCAACGUUGAGCUUAGGAAUGGACCUAAACCUGGACUGGAUGACUCUGGACGACUUCCAGAAGCAUCUAAACGGGGAAGAUGAGAUCCUGUCCGGUCCUCCUUUAUCUCCAAGUGAGCUGAGGGACGCUGUGAAAAGUGGAGAUUACAUGGCAGUGAAGUUGGCACUUAAUUCCAAAGAAGACUACAAUCUGGACCAAGAGGCUUGUACUAUGGGUGAGACGAGGUCAUUUGAAGCAGAGAGGAGCUUGAUUGAAGAGAGAAGUUCGAGCGAUGAUCUUAGGUUGACUUCUAACCUUGACAGUGCAAGAAUUGAAGAGGGCACUCCUCAAGAUUUGGAUUGUCCAGUAGCUGGGGAAAAUUUGAAAAGCUCUCCUUCCAGUACAAGCUCUGAGCAAAUGACCUUUAGGGGCCAUGAAAAUGUUGAAGACGAUGGUAGGGGUGUAAGGAUUGGAAGUGAGUUCAAUAGCAGUGGAUUUAAUUCGGCUACCAAACAGGAUGAUGAAGAAAAGGAAGGCCAGAGGGAAGCGCAGGAAGACGAGACGUCCAAAAACAUGACCGGUGGGUUACCAAGUACAAUAAGCUUAAAUGUUGAUCAUGCAAACUCACCCAGAACUCCUGAAAGGACGCUAACAAUGGAAAGAGACAAUAAUGAUGCACCCACAGAACACAGUUCAAGCGAGGAAGCAAAUGACUCAAGUGAUGAAAACGAAGGUGGGUUGGAAGGUCAGUCUGAUGGUACAGAUCAACCUCUGCAAGAGUCAGACAUUAAGGAUAUUGCAAAAGUACAAUUACGACGACGUAGGAAAACUGUGGAGAGGACGCUACCAACACGAUCCAGUUCAAGGACCUGUAAGAAAGUCCUUGAAAUAAACCCCAGCAAAGACACAGAGGAGAAAAAGGAGCCUUGCAAAAAGCACUUCUGCUUGUACUGCCAGCAGGCUUUUACCCAAAUUGCAAAGCAUUUGGAGAGGAAACAUGGAGAUGAAACUGAUGUGUGUCACGCAAUACACUUUCCCAGAGGUUCCAAAGUCAGGCAGACUUUGCUUGACCAGAUUCGCAAUAAAGGAGACUAUGAACAUAAUUGUCAAGUUCUCAAAAGUGGUGAGGGGGAAAUCGUUACAAAGAAACAGGUGAAAAACACCAACAUCUCCGUGAGGGAUUACCUGCCUUGCCAGCACUGCUUUGCUUUCUAUCGCAAGACUGAUUUAUGGAGGCAUGAGCGAUCGUGUAAGGCCAGAAAGGGGGAUCAGAAACCGUCAGACAAGAGCAAAAAGAGCAGCGUUCACAGUGCUGCUUCCCGACUGCUUCCCAUGUCAGAGUUCUUAACUGGAGGAUGUGAGGAAAUCAUCCACAUCAUGCAUCAAGACGAAGUCUCCAGACAUAUUAGAAAUGACCCCCUUAUUUGUAAAUACGGCAAUGCUUUGUCAGCUAAAUAUGAGCAUGAUAAGUCCCAGUUUGCUUAUAUUGCUCAGAAGAUGAGGGAACUUGGUAGAUUUGUCGUGGCUGUGAAAGAGCUUGACACGAGUAUAAAGUUCUUGCAUGAAGUAUGUAUGCCAUCAAAAUUUCAAUUAGCUGUUGAAGGGGCCAAAAAGGUUAGCGGUUUUGAUCCCAGUUCCAGUAAGUUUAAAACGGUUUCCCUCGUCUCGAAGAUUGGCUACUCUUUAAAACGAGCUGCAGAAAUCGCUUUCGGGGAAAGUCGCAUGACGGAGGACACUGACACUGAGAGCGAAGUUAAAAAGUUCAUACAGCUUCUGGAUACUAAAUGGAGCGAGUGUUUCUCUCGCAAAGCCCUUGCCUUAUCUCUCAAACAAGAAGUGAAAAAAGUGGAAGUAGACAAAUCAACUGUGACGGAGGACUUGAUCAAACUUCACAGGUUCAUCACAGAGGAAGGAGAUGGGGCCAGGAGGGAGCUGAAAGAAAGUCCCAGUCUGUCAACAUGGAAGAAGCUCAGUGAGGCAACUCUAGCUGACGUGUGUCUGUUCAACAGAGGAAGGGUAGGAAACAUUGGUAGAAUGUUUUUGCAGACUUACACUCGCAGAAAGAGUAGGGAAACAUUCGUUCUAUCUGCCGAUCAAAUAAAGAGAAGCACAAAAUUAGAGCUGGACCUCGGUGCUAGUUUCACAAGGUUGGAGCUGGAGGGUCAGUACGGGAGGAACAUGCUGGUUCUGCUUACUGAAAGGAUGGUUUCCUCAAUUGAAUUAAUCAUUGCUAAUCGAGAGCAAGCAGGCGUGGCAAAGACCAACCCGUACCUCUUCGCAAGGACUGAAGGCCCAUCCUUUAUCAGAGGACUGGAUUGUAUUCGGAGGGCCGCAAUGGAAUGUGGAGUUAAAAACCCAGAAGCGCUCCUGUGCUCAUCAUUAAGAGAGCAAAUUUCCAGUUGCUGGCAGCUCAUGAGCCUCAGUGAAAGUGAGUUGGAUCAAGUGGCCAUGCUGGUGGGUAGAAGUAGCGAGGAGUGUUACAUGCUCUCAAAUAACGCGUUACAGCUGGAGGAAGUGAGCAAACAGCUUCUAACGAUGGAACGAACACUGCCAUCAAGUCCACCCAGCACUGCGAAAGAUGGACUUGACAUUUUAUUCUUGAGGAGCUGUUGGAAUGACCAAUCAAGUCCCACAAACUCAUCAGAAACUGGACAGAAAGCUGCUCUGAAGAGAAGACCUUGGAGUGAGAAGGAGCAGGCAGCAGUGAAACGUUACCUGAACGAAUUCAUCACAACAAUGAAGGUCCCGGGCAAAAAGGAGUGCAAUGCCUGCAUAGUUGCUGAACCAGAUCUCUGUGGAAGAUCUUGGACGGAUGUCAAAAACUAUGUGCACAACACACUACAAACAAUACGAAGGAGAAGUAGGUCCGACGGAAAUAUACACGAGAGUCCGAAAGCCAGAGUCCAAACACCAAAAACAGAUCUGGAAGACACGAGUGUCGUGUGUACUAUGACCACAGUAAACCCAGAACACCUGACAGAAAACUGUUGUAUGACGAUGGCGCCACCAACGCACCUUGGAGACUCGGUGUACUCACAAGACUUGACUCAGAGUUACGCGUCGUUGUGUUCUACGAGUACAAACUUGGUCCAUUCGAGUCAGCCAUUGAUUUCUUCUUUCACACCAUUGAAUGCUACUGAUACACAAGUGGUUCCUACAUUUACCCCACACAACACUACAAAUGCACUGAUGUCUCCAGCGUACACGUCUGAGAACAACAUAAUCAUGCCUAUGUCUCCUUCUUACACACAGAAUACCACAGGUAUGCCACCUCCGUCUGUGUAUACUCAGCAGGACACUAAUCUACCAUUGAUUCCCAGUUACACCACCCUUAAUGCACCGAGUACCUCAAUGGGCCCCACUUACACUUCAUUAAACACAGCAAGCGCACCAAUGAUCCCUUCAUUCUCCGCACUGAACGACAGGGGUAGGCCUAUUGUUUCUUCCUUUACUGCUCUGAACCAUCCAAGCACACCAGCUUACCUCACAAACCAAUCUAGCACUCCUACAACCGCACAGGUUGUCCCAACGAUCCAUAGACCUAACGUUCCUGACGGGACGCCGGUGGCAAAGGACAGUACAGCCAAGUCCACGGCAGGAAAACGGGUCACUCCAGCUGAUAAGUCUCAAAAGAGAAUCAAGAGGUUGUGGAGCGAGGAGGAGCAGGGGGCCGUGAGGCGUCAGUUCGGAGACUUCUGUAAACUGGUGAAAGUUCCCGGUAAAAAAGAUUGUGACGCCUGUUUAGCCGCGGAGCCAGCGUUGAACACGAGAACGUGGAGGGAAGUCAAAUACUUUGUACAUAACUCAAUUCAGUCCAUGAAACGGCGAGGGCUUCCGGUCGCCGCCAAACAAAGCGUCGGACCAGAACCAGAGACUCAAAAUCCAAACCCGGAGUGGGACGGUCCUGUUUAUCUUUCACUGUAAAUAUUUGUAAUGGACUUCCUUUAAAUAAUUAGUGAGACUUGGUGCGUGUGGGGGGGCUGUGGCUCUGACUCUAAAUCAUGUGGGGCUUAAAAAGCAACUGCUGUAAAAAGUACUGUUUGUGGUCUCUGUAUCCCUCCGAGUACCCUGCCAGUCUUUAAGUCACACUACAAAAAGUUACUCAAGUUCUCAAACCAUGUCUGCCAGAUUAAGCUAUUGGUGUACAGUUGCAUGAAUAUACACUAAAGAAGUGAAGCUACGGAUGUUUGUUGUGUGAUAUUGGCUCAAUCCAGUCGGAUAUCAAUGUGUUAUACGGUUAGAGUGCUUAAAUGUUACACAGUCAAACAUAUAACACUCAGUUUGUCAGCUCAUGAGAAGGUAUCUCUGGAGAAUUAUGUUAUUUAGAUGUGUGAUCACUCAUUUGCCGGGGUUUCAGUGUCCCAUCACUCAUUAGUAAUGGGGUGUAACCAGCGUGGCUUCCAAUGGUGACGAUGGCAAAUUGGAACUUUCCAUCCACUGUGUGACCGGGGCAUUUUCCUCCCCUGCACUGAGCCAAGGCAGACUCAGUGACUGUACAUUUCUAGAUUGACUUUUACUCUUCUUAACUCCAGACCUUGGACAUCCACCUCUCUGCCCGUGUUGUCAGUAGCAUUUUUACAAAUUUGAGUAUAAGAGAAGACAUAUACGUCCUAUUUGGAAAUCUAAGCAUCCAGUCCUCACCACGUCAGAGAUGUGCUUUGUCUUGCUUUUCAUAAUUCCCAAAAUGCCUGGCCCGAGUGUAUUAUACCCCUGCUUUAGCCAGUAGCCUAUAGUGUAGAUGGCCCCUGAUUGCCUGCAGCAGUGACGGCAUUACUCUCCUUGCUGAUGUUAGAGAAUUAGGAGCUCCGUUUAUAUACCUCUUACUUCAAUAUUAGAAACCUGUUUGUUUUUUCUGUUGAGGAUCCUCUUUUAUAAAUGUUUAGUAGCUUAAUUAUUUUUUUAAUUUACGUGUGUAAACAAUCUGCUGAGAAUGUUGAUUGUUUUUUUUGUAUUACUAUACAGUAACUGUGUAGAAUAUUUGAGUGUUUAUUGUGUUUUAUGUACUCUGAUUUGAGGUUAAAAAUAAGUACACUGCAUUGGGUGCAUUUCUAUCACUUUUUUUAAGCUUUUAUUAUCUUGACAUUUGGGACUAAUGUCCAGUUAUCAACAUACUGUUGCCUUACAAUGUUGAUUUAUUUACUGUAUCUUUUCUUUCUAAUCAGCAACAAAUCAUAGCACUACCCUGAGUUUGUGAACUCUUGAGAGAAAUGAGGAUUUAGUUAUUACUUUAAAUGUUUACCAGCCACCCACUACUACAAAUAAUUGUUCUACCUUUGAAGAAUUGAACGAAUUAAUCUGACGUUUGUGUUUAAAGAAAUGAGCGGAUCAAUGAAGUCCAGUCUGAAAGCACUGGCCAAAACACUUUUAUUUGGUCUCCUCCCCUGUGGGUAAGGUUUAAAAUUCUCAGAUUCGUCCAAGUAUGAUCACCUUUUACUGAAAAGGCUUCAGAGUUAUUACAAAAGAAGCAUAACUUUAAGUUUAUGUGUUUAAAAAACCUUGUUAAAGGUUGAUACUAGACUUUGAAUACAGGUCCAAGCCCUCCUAUAGCAGCUGCUUUUCACAGCUUUUGAAAUUGUCCUUGUUUAAUAAGGUAUUGUCCUAUUUUACUUCAGAAGUAAGGAGCUUUAACAGUGUUUAUUUUAUUUACAACGGUUAUUCAAACAGGCGGCGGACCGUCUGUUCUUUUGUCCUGUUGGUUUAUGUUUCACCGUCCACAGUUUUCUUUUAACGGUCCAGAGUUUCACACAGCACUCCAUGCUGAAAACAUAAGAUGUUGUGUUCCCCUCAGUAGCAGCUGUAUUGAACCUAACCAGUGUUCACUCUUCCAUACCAAAGCCAUUAGUGUCAAACUCUUUCAAACCCCCGAGUGUGAGCAGGGUGCAGGCCUGUUCGAGUGUCCCCGUGCUGACUUAUUCAUGGAGCAGUAAACAGGUCUUUGUCUCUGCGUCCUUUAAAGAGGAGUUUAUCUGUGUUACAAUUAAAAAGAAGUCAAAACUUGUAUUUGAGAAACGAAUCAGUUAAAGGUCUAGAAAUAAUAAACAAUCCUUCAUGCUCUACCAUUUCUUUUCAGUGUUUCACAGCAUUUCUUUUCUGUACAGUAGCUUUCUUACAUUAUUGUAUAAGCACACGAUGCGUGUUACUCUUCAUCCUGUUGUAGUCAUGUUGCCUUCAGUUUCUGCUUCUUAUCCAGUAUUGUAAGACACUUCGGCUUGUACAAUAAAUUGCUUCUUGGCUUAAAACUUGAAGAUUUUGUUGGCA